AUGACAGCGAAUGAAGUGAUACAAUUACAAUUUGAACUAUUAUUUUCAUCUGAAGAACAACAUCUUGCAUCUCUUAGUGAUGAUGAAGGUCCAAGUUUUGAUGAUGAUGAUAAUAGUUCUGAUAGUGAUUCAAAUGUUGAAGUUACUUCGACUAUUGAUGAAUCUGAAAAUGAAUUAGUACGUUUAUCAACAUAUCUUCAAUUAGAAUCUCAAUUUGAUAAUGAUGAUGAUCAAAAUUUCUAA